AUGAUAGUGUCUUGCCUGUUCUUUGCAUUCCUGUGCCUCGCAAUUUCUGAGUGCCUCACACUCCAAUCAAAUGUACUUAUGAGAGAGAAAAGAAAUUCAUCGAAUGAUAAUUUAUUGGAAAAUGUCCAAAAAUGCCAAAAUGAAACAGUUGUAUUAACAACCUGUCCACAUAAUUUUGGAAUAGAAGGCAUUUUUGAAAUUACUGUCCCAGGACUGGAUCCGUUUCCAGUUAUGUGCGAUGCUACAAUUGCGGGAGCAGGUUGGACUGUAAUCGCCAGCCGGUCGAAUGUAAAUCUAAAUUUCUUUAGGAAUUGGACGGAAUACACAAGAGGUUUUGGAGAUCUGUCAGGAGAUUUCUUUAUAGGUCUCGAUAAACUGCAUGCUAUUACAAAGUCGCAAACCCAUGAAUUAUAUAUUUAUUUGGAGGAUUUCUCAGGGGUCACUCGUUUCGCUCAAUACGACGAUUUUUAUAUUGAAAAUGAAAAUGUGUUGUACAAAAUGACGAAACUAGGUACCUAUACUGGAGAUGCCGGUGAUUCAUUAAAAACACAGAAGGACCACAAGUUUUCGACCUACGACAGCGAUAACGAUUCGACCAAUGAGAACUGCGCUUUAACUCGAUUAGGUGCCUGGUGGUACAGCUCCUGUACUAAUAGUAAUCUAUUUGGAAUAUAUUACUCAGGAACAUAUGCCAGCAGUAUGGAUUAUAAAGGAAUGUAUUGGCAUGGUUGGCAUGGUAGUCUUUACUCAUAUAAAACAAUGAAAAUGAUGGUGCGACCAAAAUGUCGCUGUUUGUAAUCUAAGAACUUACUUUUUAAUUAAGUAAUUCUCUAAAAUAUCAAACUAAUAUUUCAAUCUUUCGAAUGACAAAGCUCGAGAUUAAUUUCGGGAAAAAAAAAAUUAACAUUCCUUGUUAAUGAGUUUGUUCAUGUUAUUAACUAUUUUCCCUGAGAUAAACAUUAAAGUAAUUGAAAAACUAUUGAAAAAGCCCGAUAAAAUUGAUGUUGCUAACAUAACAUUUAACAUUUUUCUAAAUUUUUAACAACCUAAAAUUCAAUAUUUAACUUUAUCAUUAUAUUAUAUUCUAUGUAUACCAAGUCAAAAGUUCAAAU